GUUUCAAUGAUGAUGGCCGUGGUGCCUGUGUGCUGUUGGUAGAAGUUUCCCUCAGCGCGACACCUGAGAGGGAAUACACGGGCACACGCUCCUCUGUGCGUCGAUCAACUCGAUCCCCACAGUCGAUGUGGAGUGUUGCCUGAAUUAAUUGCCCCGAGUGAAUACGGAUCCCGGGAACCGCAAUCGUCUGAAGAGUAGAACGAAGACACAAGAAGCUUCGAGAUGAGUUUGGCGCAGCUCACGUGUGCGUACGAUAGCCACACAUCGUCCGAAGGAUCGAAUUCCUCGAAUUCAGGCGAAUCAUCGUCGGGGCCGACGACGAUACCGCAGUAUCCGCCGUGCAAGAAGAACAAACUAGAGCUACCCAAAGAAAUCAGCGGAAUGUUCCCCUCGCGGAACUGGACUGACGAGCCGGAGAAGCACGGCGGCCGUCGUCGAGCCUUCGAGCACGAGCAAGGCGUCUGGGCGUCGCACUUCUUCGUGCAGACCUGCGACAAGGAAUACAUGGACGACGUGCAAAAAAUCGCCUGCGAUACCGUGCCGUUCCUCAGGAGAUCGGACACCGCUCAGUCGCACAUCUCGCUCUCGAAAACCCUCAAGUGCCGCUAUCACUGGAUCAAACCAUUGUAUUCCUACGUCCGCCAGGGGAUACAGACGAGGAAACCGUUCCUAGUUUCCUUCAGCCGUUUCUCAGUCUAUGAGAACGAAGAGAAAAACACCUGUUUCCUCGCGCUCGAUGCAGAUAUCGGCGCCAACGACCUCAAGGAUCUCUCCGGGCGUGUCGACAACGCCCUGGAUCAUUUCAAUUUACCGCACUUCUACCAUCAGCCAAGAUUCCACGUGAGCAUCGGCUGGGUACCGAUGCAUAGGAAAAACGAUCUAUUGAAAAGCCUGGCCGACCUGCAAAGAGAGCUUGAUGACUAUUGUUUGUCGGUCGAGCUAGCCGGCGUCGUGGAUCGUCUGUGCUUCAGGUCCGGGUGCAAGCUCUACGAAAUUCCUCUGGGAAUCGAGAUCCCACACAUGCAGUACACGUCUUCGGAGGCUCCUGCGAAAGGCAAACCCAAGAAUAAUUGAGCUCGUUCCUCACCGAUAAUUAUUUAUUGCGUGAUGCUUGUGUGGAAUGUGCGAACACCCAAGUGGAUGCAAAUCUGAAUGUGGGGGCUUGAUGCCCGAUGAAAGUGUUACGAAUGCUCUCUAUCUGAGUCUCGGAAGCUUCGAGGACUUGGAGCUGGUAAUGGCUCGUUACAUUGUUGUUGUGCCUCCGCUCUAUAGCGGAAAAAGGCUCUGGCGCGGAUAAACAUUAUAGGACAAUUACGGAAACUGAUUCAACGGCUGGAUAAUAUAUCCAUUAUAUCACGAGCGAGGACAAGCCGUCGUAUACCGCAACCCAUGAUCUCAAUAUCUGAUACAAUCAGAUCGUCAGUCAGACAGUUUAUUUAGCAAUUCUAAUGGAAUGAUUCGUUUUCUCACGACCGAUUGAUCAGGUCCGAGAGCCACACUGAGUCCUUGAGUACAUCGAAACAGCAUAAGACAGCAAGGGAAAGAUAGACUUAGCUAUUUAUUCUGUCGUUGCGAUAUCUGUAAAUACGAUGUACUUUAUCUAGAAUAAGGGAAAUAAUAUCAUUGUCGUCGAAUACUAUCAAUAAACCGAAAAUAACGUGGAA